AUGGGUCUUGUGCUGUGUACCUGGUGCCCGUGGCGGCUGCACUGGCCGAGCUGGCUGGGGGGCUACCGCGGCCUGGGAUCACUGAGCUGCGAGCCCCCGGACGUCAUUCCCGGGGCAACUAGGGAAGGGAGUCUAGUAGAGCCGCCCACGCCACUCAAUGAACAGAUCCCGCCGCUCUCUCUCAAGCUCCGCUCCCGGAAGUCGGCCUCCGUUUCGGAGGCGAGGAACCUGCAGAGAGGGCAUGGCCGCCGCCCACCUGCCUGCCCUGCCUUCCUCGCAAGCCCCACCCGCCCCUCCCCGCCGGCUCCGUGGGCCCGCCGCGGUCCCGUCCACCCUUCAGUCCCCUCUCCUUUCCUCCGAUCCCCCCGGAGGCCCUCCCGCUGGGACUGUGGGACUUUACCACACCGGUUUGUCAUUACACCUUGAAGAUGAUACCCAAUCCAGCAAGCCCAGUAUUCCCAUGUGGGGGUGCUGCCCACGGUGUGCUGGAAUGGGGGUCACAAGAAGCCUGUGCCGUCUCCUCGUAAUCCUGGAGUGGUGUGCAGGCCCUCGACAGUGAAGAUUGCUCCUCCUGGGAGCAACCUGGCUCAUUUUCCAAUAGCAACACAGACCACCAGCUCAACACUGUCGUCACCAUCAAAUAAUGUCCCAGCCAUGUUCGAGGCUCUUCUGAGGGCCCUCGAACAGAAGAAGAAAAGGACAGUGGAGGAGGAGGACGACCAACUAUCUGCUGAUGGUCAGGAAAAUAAAAGAAGGCAUCAUGACAGCAGUGGGAGUGGACAUUCAGCAUUUGAGCCUGUGGGGGCCAAUGGAAUCCCUGCUGCUUUUGUGCCUAAGCCUGUGCCUCUGAAGAGAGGACUCAAUUCCCAGAGCUUAGAUGGCCACUUGAAUAAGAGAUCCCACACCUCUUCUGUGAGCUCCUUGACAAGCACUACACGUGGCAUCCCUAUUUCCAGCUGCAAUGCCAUUACCAUUUCCUACAGUUCCACUGGAGGGAUCUCUCAGCUCUGGAAGAGAAGGGGUCCCAGUGCCUCACCCUUCUCCAGCCCUGCCUUAUCCUUCUCACAGACAGCAGAGAGGCCAGCAAAGAAACUAAGAGAAGAGGAGCUUUCUCAUCAUUCUGGCUCUUCAGCUCCAUUGGUAACAGACAAGGAGUCCCAGGGAGAACAGAUUGCAGAUACAACCACAUGUAGGAAGCAGAACUCCUGGGAUUCUCCAUCUACACCCAUCAACUUGGCCACACAGAAGGUUCAACUGUUGCCCUCCAGACGAGGGAUCCCACUGAUCCUGCCUCCAUCUCCCCUGCUUGGUUAUUCAAUCACUGCUGAAGACCUAGACUUGGGAAAGAAAGCUUCAUUACAAUGGCUUAACAAGGUCUUGGAGGAUAAGACUGAAACUGCCUUGAGCUCUGUCACUGAGAACCCACCUGCCACUCCACCAGCUUUUACUCUCACCCUGCCUGCUGGAACUGCUGCUUCUUCAGCCUCCCUCCCAGCCCCAAGUACUAACCCGCUGUUUCUCCCCAAGUAUAUUAUCGUCGCGAAGAAGCCAAACUCCCUGGGCCUACCAUCUUUCCCAGGUGAAGGGAAGAGCUUUCUGUGGAGCACACAGUGCCAUCAGCCUCUGCUUAGGCUAAAACCCACAGCCACUUUCUCGGGGCUGACCCCUGCCUCUCCCACAAUACCAGCCACUGAUGCCACUAAGUCACCUCCAGCCCCUCAGGCUGAGACAUCUUCCAAGCCCCAGUCCUCGCUUGCCCCAGGCCCCACCCUGGAGCCCAGUGUUUUGUUUGGAAUGCUGAGCAGCCCACCUGCUAACCGGUCUGCCUCUGCAGCUCUGGCUGUGUCCAGCACUUCCCAUGUUCAAGCCAUCUUUCCCUUCCCAUGUCACAAUGGUAGCAUCUUCCAGCUCUGCCCCCACCCCAACUACCAGAAGCUUGCCCUUGCUUUGAGUCCUGUCUUUAGUAGCACAGUGCUACCUACAUCUUUGCCCUUCUCAACUCCCUUCAGUCAAACAACUACUUCACGCAUUGUCACGAGUGCCCCUCUGUUCCCUGACCAGGACAGCAUCAGUGUCCCCUCAGCAGCGGCUUCUGGGACCACCACUAGCACAGCCUCAACUCUGCCUGUCUUUGGCUUUGGGGCGAGCAGCGUGACCAGCACUGCAAGCAGCAUGACCAGCUCCAUGGCUUCCACUGCCCAGCCUGUCCUCUUUGGGUCCCCCCACCCUGCCUCUGGGGCCAGCUUUACCCCAGCCAUGGGCUCCAUACUCCAGUUUGGCAAGGGGCCUUCCAUGCCUGCUCCAACAACAGCCAUCACCUUUGGCCAGUCCCUGCCCAGCGCCAUCCAGAUUGGCAGCAGUACUGCCGGUUUCAGUGGCUUUGGUUGCACCCUCACUACCUCAGCCUCCACCGCCCCCAGCCAGCCUGCACUGAUAUUCAGCAGCACUACCACCCCAGCCUUCAACAUUCCCUUUGGUUCCGGCACUGGGCCGCCUGUUCCAUGCUAUCCCAGAGGCACCCAGCAGCCCACUUUUGGGGCCACUGAUGGAGCAGACAGGGCGGCCAAGUUAGCCCUGGCCCCCAGCUUAGGCAGCUCCUUUCCUUUUGGAAGCUUAGCAGCCCCAGCCCCACCUGUAGCUCCAGCACCGAUCCCACCCCAGCCAGCCUCUAGCAGCACUGCAUGGUCAGGUUUUCAUGGGUUGAAACCUGCAGUAUUUGUCUUUGGCAACCCCUCCAGCACCCAGCCAGCCUUUGGCAGCACCACAGCUGUUUCCUCCUUUUUUGCAGCCACCACCUCAGGCUUUGGAGCUAUGACCCAGACCACCAGCAGUGGGGCCAGUAGCUCAGUCUUUGGCAGCACCACCUCAUCACCCUUCAUGUUCGGGCAGUCAGCAGGCCCUGCUGACAUUGGGGGCUUUGGGAUGAGCUGCUUGUCCCCCCACAGCAGCUCUACCACUGGAACAUUCAGCUUUGGAGCAGGACAGAGUGGGACCACUGGCAGCAUGGCCCCUUUUGGGUGAGGCUUGAGUCAGAACUCCCUGGGUGCACCUGACCAGAGCACACCCUUUGCCUUCCACAUGGCCAGCACACCUCAGAACACGUGUGUUUGCAGGUCUGAUUUGGAAUGGGCUCAGUAUGUAGUGCCAGGUGCUGUUUUACAUGCCAACAAGGUCUCCACUCUCAGAGCUGUACAUUGUGGUGAAGAGACCUAUGUUAUCCAUAAACAAUAUGAGGUAGCGGUGUAACUCAUGACUGGAGGAGCCAUUUAGGUAGUCAGUGGCAGCCUUUCUGAGACAAUAGCAAACUGAGGCCAUGGCCACAGUACCCAAGUUGGGAGUAGGGACAGCACCUGGGUGUGAGGAUGUUGCAGGCACAAGAGCAAAGGCCUGAAGGCAGAGAUGAGCCUGACAUGUUCCUGAGCAGACAAGAGCCAGGUGUGGCCAGAGGCUUAAAAAGCAAAGUGGGAUAAAAUGACAUUAAUAGACAGAAGGGAAGAUCAUUAUGGCCAUUUAAAAUGUUUUUGUUAAAGUACUAAGGGCAAUCACUAUAGAAUUUCAAGCAGAAAGAAGUGAUUUUAUUUGCCAUGUGGAAGAUGCAUGAUAAGGAGUUUUGACCCUGAUAGCUGCCAUUUUCUUCACUGAAUAUAAGAGCCCUUCAGAGCAUGUUAGGGGGAGAUUGUACCAAGGAGGGCCUCUCUCAGUAGUCAUUUUGGGGAGGGGGUGAAAAUGACGUGUGAGAGCCAUGCCGGGCAGUUUUGAAGUCUGGGAAAUUGUGGUUAGGAAUUUGAAACAAGGCUAGUCAGCACUGUUUCGUGUGUCUCCCCAGCAACAUUCAGUUUUGAGGUGUGGACCUGAAAUAAGUGGAUAGAGAGUAAAUCCAGCCUGGUUAAAUGGCACAGGGAGCAGGAGGGGUGGGGGGCUGACUACAGACCCCGGUGAGGCAGAGGAUCUGGAUUGGGUGUGGUCAGCACAGGGAGCAGGGACAGCACUGUGCUUGCAGUUGAGAUCGGGGGGCAAGAACAGUUCCUGGUUGUGAUAAGGUGUGACUCCAGAGACUGGGUAGGGGGAGAAGAUUAUGUGCAAAGUCAGCACCUCAGGGGGCACCCACCCUACUUCAGGCCUAGACAGAUAGAUACGUGUGAGAGAAUCUUCCUGCAGCGCUGCUGUGGAGGGCAGCCCAGUGCUGGGCAGGAGGCCCCAGGAGGGCAAGUGUGUGCAGGAGACCGAGUUGGAGUGAGCCCCCGGGAGGAUGGAGGCUGACUCUGGGCGGGGCCUUGGUGAAUUAGAGGAGAGGGGGCAGGUAAACGGGGAGGAGACAUAACAUUAGUCCUGAGAGAAGGGCGGCCCGCUGUCCCCCUCAGCUGUGCUUUGGUGGCCAAGGGAGUGCAGAGGUUCUACUCAGGUGGCCAAAAGGCAGCUCAGGGACUUGUGCUCUGCUGCCGCUGGUGGGGGAGGGGCAGGCUCACCUGGAGCACAGGGCUUAGGACCCAGUCACCCCAUGUGCUUCCUUACCAAGGGGUGAGCCAGACAGUGGUGCGGGCUAAGGGAUCCUGUGGGGAUGCGCUUGCAAGCAGACCUCCCCCCAGUUUAUUACCACUUGCUUUGACACCUUCUGCUUGUGGGCCUAGUUGUCACAGUUCCUUGUGGUCUCUCCAUUCCAGGUACAUUCACACCCACCUUUGGUCAGAACACCCCUGCCCCUCUGAAAGGUUCCCUGAAGAACCUUUCGGAGGAGUGCUCUGAAAGGUUGGCAGUUCCUCCUUUUAAGGAUUCCUCAGGAAUGUGACUAAGGGCUGGGGGUGCAGACCUGUUAGGUGGUCUUUGAAUACUUAGAAUUAAAUUAACACAAGGAACUUCCUGCUCUGAUUUCUCCCUGGGAUCCCAGCUUUCUUGGUCUGGGAGUGUAUCAAUCAAGGCUGCCUGCCCAGCUCCCAAGGUGGGCUGAGUUAUUGUCUGUUUGCUAAAGAGUUAAGUUAAGAAUCUUAUUUCUUAACUUCCUGGGCAUUAAAACACAAUCUUCUUUUUAAGGUGGAAUCCUUCCUGCCUAUUACUAUAUUAUUUAUGCUGGGCUUGCUAGCCAUUAUUAAUUGUCCAGAUUGCAAACUAUUUGAUUAGGGCCA